CCACUGAACAUGUGGAACACCGCGCUCGACGGCGCAGGGCACACCUACUAUUGGCACUCUGAGACGGGCGCGUCGCAGUACGAGAAGCCCGCCGACUUUGACCCCGCCAAGGCGCAGAACUCGGGCUCGUACACCCAAUACCAAAACGGCAGCGGCGGCGGAGGAGGAGGUGGCGGAGGAGGGUAUGGCGGCGGUGGCGGCGGCGGCGGGUACGGCGGCGGCGGCGGCGGGUACGGCGGCGGCGGGUACGGCGGCGGCGGCGGCGGCUACGACCGCGACGCCAUCGGGCUCCAGUUCUCGCGCCCCGCCAACACAAACUACAAGGACGUGCAGGACCAAGGCUUCUGGAAGGAGAACGACCUCAAGGUGUACGGCGGCUCGCCGCCGCCGUUCCUCUCCUUCGAGGAGGCGCAGCUGCCGCGGCCGAUCAUGGACGCCAUCGCCAAGGCCGGCUUCACCAAGCCCUCCGUCAUCCAGUCCCAGUCGUGGCCCGCGGCGAUGGCCAAGCGCGACUUGAUUGGCGUCGCCAAGACCGGCUCGGGCAAGACGCUCGGCUUCCUCGUGCCGGGUUUCAUGUACAUCCAGCAGCAGCGCGUCAACCCGAUGCAGGGACCGUCCCUGCUCACGCUGGCGCCGACGCGCGAGCUCGCCAUGCAGAUCGAGGUCGAGUGCCAAAAGUUUGGGCUGCCGCUCGGGAUCCGGUCCGUCUGCUGCUACGGCGGCGCGCCCAAGGGGCAGCAGCUGAUGGCGAUGCGGCAGGGGUGCCACGUGGUAAUCGGCACGCCGGGGCGGAUCAACGACUUCCUCGAGUCGGGCCAGAUCCAGCUGCACCAGGUCGCCUACCUUGUGUUUGACGAGGCGGACCGGAUGCUCGACAUGGGCUUUGAGCCGCAGAUCCGCAAGAUUGUGCGCCAAGUGCCGCCGCAGCGGCAGACGCUCUUCUACACGGCCACGUGGCCAAAGCAGGUGCGCGCGCUGGCCUACGAGUUCAUGCGGUCGCCUGUGCAGGUCGAGGUGGGCGACAUCAACUCGCUCAACGCAAACAAGGACAUCACGCAGUACGUGCACGUGACGCGCGGGCCGGGCGAGAAGCAGCAGAUGCUCAUGCGCAUCUUCCAGUCGCUCGAGGCGGGCACGCGCACGCUGGUCUUCACGUCGACCAAGCGGAUGGCGGACCAGCUGGGCAUGCAGCUCGGCCGCCAGAUCGGCAGCGGCGUCAUCCACGGCGACAAGGACCAGCGCGAGCGCGAGGCUGUCCUCGCCGACUUCAAGAGCGGCCGCCGGCCAGUGAUGAUCGCGACCGACGUGGCCGCGCGCGGCAUCGACGUCAAGGAGUGCAAGGCCGUCAUCAACUACGACUUCCCGGGCAAUAUUGAGGACUAUGUCCACCGCAUCGGCCGCACCGGCCGCGCCGGCGCCAAGGGGGAGGCGCACACCUUCAUGGACGGGCAAAAGGACGGCAAGUACGCGCGCGCGCUGUGCGAGAUCAUGGUCAAGGCGGACCAGGCGAUCCCGGGGCCAAUCGCGCAGAUGGCAGGCCUGCGCAGCGGGACGUACCGCCCCGCCGUGCUGCACCGCGGCGGCGGCGGCGGCGGCGGCAGCGGCGGCGGCGGCGGCGGCGGCGGCGGCGGCGGCGGCGGCGGCGGCGGUGGAAGCACUCGUGCAAGCAACCGGCCGAUGGAACGCGCGACGGGCGAUGCGGGCAAACGAUCGGCGGCUGAUCGCACUCGUCGAUCGAAGUCGCCCGAGCAGCAUCUCGCCACCGUUUCGGGGGCAGCGAGUAUUUUUCUUUCUCUGGUUACCGACGCGUCCACCGAUACCGCGUUGGUGUCCAGUCCGAGCCUGGCUGUUCUUCACCUUUCUACCUACCUACCUACCGACAAGGGAGAAAGCACGGGGAGGACAGACCACGCCUCACUUUCUCACAGGGGGGGGAGCCAGGCAAAGCUUGUGCUGUGA